GUGGAUUGUCAUUCUGUUCUGGUUGUGUCUGUCCUUGUUAGCUUCCAUGCUCAUGCGUACCAUUUAAAAAAAAGAUGCAUUGACUUGCUCCUAAACAGUGGACGUGAAAGAGAUUUGUGUUAACCUGCUGUCAACAGCAGCAACAUGUUGCGUGUCGGGGGCAAAGCAGCAUGCAUGGCCUGCAGGAAUCUGGUCUCCACCAACAUGGGGCUGAGAUUUCUGGCACCACUGCAGAAGCUUCACCCUUUGUCCCGUGCCAUCCACCACCGCUAUUCAGGAAAUGGCAAUCCUCAGCGGCCACCCCAUCGCAUGGCAGCACGCUAUUUUACCUCCAUGUCACGAUUACCCAUGCGACCACUUAAGCCUCCUCCUGGGUCUGGGGGUCAUGGCUACCAGCAGCAACGUAACUUCUGGGUAGCCCGCCUUGCUGCUAGGCUGCUAAAGCUUCGGUACAUUCUUCUGGGCACAGCAGUGGGAGGAGGAUACACAGCUAAAAAGACAUAUGAAGAAUGGAAGGAGAUGCUGCCUGAUUUUAGUGAAUACAACUGGGUCAUUCCUGAUUUUGUCUGGGACUUGAGUGAACAAAUUGAUUUUGAUAAACUUGCCAAAGCUCUACCAGAGAUGGAAGAAAUAGCCAAACUGCUACCUGAUCUCGACAAGAUUGGAGAGAACUUCACUUUCCUCAAAAGCCUCCUGUCGUCUGGUGUGAGUUUGGGUAGUGAAGUCAAAGGAGCUGGUCUGCAUCUGUUGUUAGAAACCUCAGUUGAUCCUUCUCUAAAAGCCACAGAUUCUUCUACUGCAGCUACACAAGAUGCCAGUGACAAGCAAUACAAAAAGCAGGGUCUGCUUGGGGAGCUCAUUCUUAUUCAGCAGCAGAUCCAACAGCACGAGGAGGAGGUCCGGCGGGCCGCUGCAGCCAAUACUGUUCGUUCCCCACCACCUGAGUCUGCUCCCAGUCCGCCUCCAAACCCCCCUCAGCAGACACGCAAGUCAUCAGACAAAGAAAAGGUAGACCAGCUUCAAGAAGAACUGCUACGCACACAGUUAAAAUAUCAGCGCAUGCUGGAAAGACUGGAGAAGGAGAAUAAAGAGUUAAGGAAAGUAGUGCUGCAAAAGGAUGAUAAGGGGAUUCACCAAAGGAAGGUGAAGAAAUCCCUUAUUGACCUGUAUUCUGAAGUUCUGGACAUCUUGUCUGACUACGAUGCUAACUACAACACACAGGAUCACCUGCCCAGGGUGGUUGUGGUUGGGGAUCAGAGUGCUGGAAAGACCAGUGUGCUGGAAAUGAUAGCUCAGGCCAGGAUCUUUCCUCGAGGCUCAGGAGAGAUGAUGACACGUUCUCCUGUAAAGGUGACACUAAGUGAAGGACCCCACCAUGUGGCCAUGUUCAAGGACAGCGGCAGAGAGUUUGACCUUACUAAGGAGGAGGAUCUCGCUGCUCUGAGGCGUGAGAUUGAGCUGAGGAUGAGGAAGAGUGUGAAGGAGGGACAGACAGUCAGCCCUGAGACAAUAUCAUUGAGUGUCAAAGGGCCUGGGAUCCAGAGGAUGGUGCUUGUUGACCUACCGGGUGUCAUCAGUACGGUGACGACUGGCAUGGCAUCAGACACCAAGGAAACCAUUUUCAGUAUGAGCAGAGCCUACAUGCAGAACCCCAACGCAAUCAUCCUCUGUAUUCAGGAUGGCAGUGUUGAUGCAGAGCGGAGUAUUGUAACUGACUUGGUUAGCCAGAUGGACCCCCAGGGAAAGAGGACCAUCUUUGUCCUGACCAAGGUUGACUUGGCUGAGAAGAACCUGGCCAGCCCGAGCAGGAUCCAGCAAAUAGUGGAAGGAAAGCUGUUCCCCAUGAAGGCCCUGGGGUACUUUGCAGUAGUGACAGGCAAAGGGAGCAGCGCUGAAAGCAUAGACUCAAUUAAAGACUAUGAGGAGGACUUCUUCCAGAACUCCAGAUUACUGAGGGACGGCAUGUUGAAGGCCCAUCAAGUGACCACAAAGAACCUGAGCCUGGCUGUCUCUGACUGCUUUUGGAAGAUGGUUCGAGAGUCUGUUGAACAGCAGGCGGAUGUCUUUAAAGCAUCCCGUUUCAAUUUGGAGACAGAGUGGAAGAAUAACUAUCCUCGACUGAGAGAGCUGGACAGGAAUGAACUAUAUGAAAAGGCCAAAAAUGAAAUCUUGGAUGAAGUCAUUAGUUUGAGUCAAGUGACCCCACAACACUGGGAGGCCAUCCUACAGAAGAAAUUGUGGGAACGUGUUUCCACUCAUGUAAUUGAGAACAUCUACUUGCCUGCUGCUCAAACAGUGGACUCGGGUACCUUUAACACCACUGUAGACAUCAAGCUGAAGCAGUGGACUGACAAGCAGCUUCCGCACAAAGCACUGGAGGUUGCCUGGGAGACACUGCAGGAGGAGUUUGCCCGCUUCAUGGCUGAAUACAAAGGCAAAGACCAGGACGACAUUUUUGACAAGCUGAAGGAAGCUGUGAAGGACGAGAGCAUCAAGAGGCACAAAUGGAAUGAGAGGGCCAUGGACAGCCUGAGGGUAAUCCAGCACAAUGCCUUGGAAGACCGUUCCAUCACAGACAAGCCUCAGUGGGAUGCAGCAAUUCAGUUCAUGGAAGAAACCCUUCAGUCACGCCUCAAAGACACUGACUCAGUAAUCAGAGAUAUGGUGGGACCAGACUGGAAGCAGAGGUGGCUGAACUGGACAAAUCGUACAGCAGAUCAGCACAUACGUAAUGAAACAAAAAAUGAGCUAGAGCGGUUGCUGAAGCUCCACGAUGACCACACCGCGUACUUGGCCAAUGACGAGGUCACCACAGUGAGGAAGAACCUUGAAGGACGAGCGGUUGAAGUUGACCCUGGACUGAUCAAGGACACAUGGCAUCAGCUGUAUCGCCGACACUUUUUGCAGAAGGCACUUGCCCACUGUAACCUCUGCAAGAGAGGCUUUUACUACUACCAGAGACACUUUGUUGACUCUGAGCUGGAGUGCAAUGACGUGGUACUGUUCUGGAGGAUUCAGAGAAUGCUGGUCAUCACAGCCAACACUCUCCGACAGCAGCUCACCAACACUGAGGUGAGGCGAUUGGAGAAAAAUGUGAAGGAGGUACUGGAUGACUUUGGGGAAGACAUGGAAAAGAAGACCCACCUCAUUACAGGCCGCAGAGUCCAGCUGGCUGAGGAUCUCAAGAAAGUUCGUGAGAUCCAGGAAAAACUUGAAGCCUUCAUAGAAGCUCUUCAUAAGGAGAAAUAAAAAAGACGAACCUAGAACUAUUAAAAGAACAUUUUUGGAUCACAAGAGAAAAAUGCACUGAACAGAGACAAGGAAAUGUGUAAAUGACCCGUCUGCUCCCCCCCGUCCUCGCCUCUCCACUCACCUGAUUUUAAUGCUCCUGGCUUUGCUUCCUUGGACACGAUGGAAAGAUGGAUGAGAUUGAGGAAAAUUUACUAAACAGUUGUUUUCCCCUCUUCCUCUUCGUGGGGUGUCCCUCCCUCAUCAGUGUGGGGGACACCGGCACAGAAGCCCAAAACAAGACAAUAAUAAGACCGCUUGCAUUGUGCUUGAAAUAAAUGAGUAUUGUUUUCAUGUUUAUCUCCCCACUUUCUUCCUUUUUUUUCUUCCUUUCUUUAGUUCCUGGCCUGUGGUGCGUGUGCGUGUGUGUGUGUGUGUGUGUAUACACAAGAUAGUGUGAGUGUGAGAAUUCACUAAUCUGUGUAUCAAGAAACACUUAGUACUGGCACUAGUCCUGUAUCUCCCUCAGUAUGUAAAACAUGUAAAGAUUUUUAUUUUUUAUUUUUAUUUUUUUGCACCAAAGCACUUAAAUCAUCUCUUCAGACUCUAUUAGUUAAUAAUAAUUGACCGUUUCUUCCUGGCAACAUCUUCAGCUUCCGCUGCAUUGUAUUAACAGGAUACAAUCAACUUGGACAGGAAAUUAUACGACAUAAAGAUUUCUUUUCUUCUUUUUCUUUUUUUCAAAUCACCCAUUAUGCCUCCAAUUCAGGUUUUGUCUGUUAAUCUGUAUGUUUCUCUGUCAUUAUACAUUACCGCGUCAUGUUGUUACUGACAGUGAUACUAGUAAAUAGGAUGCCUUUUCAUAGAUUUAAAAUAUAAAUAUAAAGGAUGUUUAUUGAUCAUUCACACAUUUCUGCAGUUUAUUGAACAGAUUGUGAUCUUAUCCCCAGUCCCCUCAGACUUGAACUGUAUAUUUGUUUACUUGUAACUUAUUAUACCCUUCGACACUCGGGUUACAUCGUCAGUUAACAGUUGGUUUGAAAAUACAGCAACAACAAAACUGCAUGACACUGUCUCUAUUUGUCUUGUGUCCAUGUGUUUCAGCUCUGCUGGAGUAGGAGGAUUCCCGGCAUGUGUUUGCAAACUUCACCAGGUUUUAAUGUCCUUUGUUUGAUCACUAAUUCUUUGUACAUAUUCGGCUGUUAUUAUCCACUCCGCCCUCUCCCGUGUUUGUGAUCCAGUUGUUUUUGAAAUCUCCUGCCUUUUGCUGCUGUGGGGAUGCAAACGCCAGAAAACUGAUGAAAACAAAAUCUACGGGGCUUGGUUUCAAAGUCAAGAAAAGGGGGCGAAAUAUCAAUAUUCUAGUGGGUGAUUUUUAAACCAAAAUUGUGGAUUGCCGGAUUCUUCCAGUUGUCAGUGUGUAUGACCAGAUGUUUCACAAUCUAGUGCUUGUUCUGCUCUCUCACCACUCACAGUGAGCCUCCUUCAUUUGGACCAUCACCAAUGAAAACUUCUGCUUAUUCGUCAUAUAUUUGACUGAAUUCAUUCGUUCAUAUGUGUAUAUGGGUAUAUAUAUAUAUAAAUAAUAUGCAGUGUAUCCUGUACAGUUAAAUUGAAUGGGAAGUUGUGGAGCUGCUACCGUGUCAUGUACUGUACAGCAAGUGUAUGCAGAGUAACGGCUUGUGUAACAGAAAAUCAGUCAAAAAAAUGGAAAAAAAAAACAUUUUGUGUUGUAGAAAGUAACGUGUGCAUGAUUGACCCGGUGUGCUUUAUUUAUUACAUUUGUGUUAAAGAGAAGGAAGAUUACAGUUCAAUUCACGUAAAUAAAAAUUGAUUUUUCAUGA